UACGUUUACCUUGUUUUUGAGUUAGAGACUGAAACAAGAUGACAUUGUGCAAAAGCUUGUUUCUGUUGUAUAUGUGACCUAUUUAUGAUAUUUACAAUUACAACUAGUAUGUAUGCAAUUAUUUGUGAGCUAUGGUUAAUCACAUUUGUGGUAGUGUAUUCACCUGUUGACUCAAGGAUAUUCAUACAUGUUGUUUUUGUGGUACGUCUUAUAUAAUACAUUUUGCUCAUAUAAGCACCUAGCUUACUGGGUUUUCUUUUUCUGUUGUGAACCCGGUGCACCUUCCUAUGGUGUAGGGUUGGUAUUACAGAACAGCACAUCAGAAGGAUAUUGAAGACCAUUCAAGUGCAGCAAUUGAUAUCUACAGCUUGCACGCUAAAUAUGUUAUAUUGAUAAGAGCAUAGUCAAUAUCUGAGUUUAUAUAUGGUCUUGAAGAUGUCCAUCACAGAGUCUUUAAAGAAAUUAGUGUCAUGUGUCAUCCUUGAUUUGGAUGGUACGCUGCUACACACAGAUGGCAUUGUAAGUGAUGUUUUAAGAGUUUACUUGGGAAAAUAUGGAAAGAAAUGGGAUGGGCGGGAAGCACAUAAGGUAGUUGGAAAAACACCACUUGAAGCUGCAACUUCUGUUGUGGAGGAUUAUGGGCUAUCUUGCACAUCGAGUGAAUUACUCUCAGAAAUUAACCCAAUUUUCUCCGAUCAGUGGUGCAACAUCAAAGCGCUUCCAGGUGCCAAUCGGCUAAUCAAACAUUUGAGUGCUCAUAGAGUGCCGAUAGCAUUGGCUUCAAACUCUCCAAGAGAAAACAUAGAAACCAAGAUUUCUUUUCACCAGGGCUGGAAGGAAUCCUUCUUAGUCAUCAUUGGAGGUGACGAAGUAACAUCAGCGAAGCCAUCUCCUGAAAUAUUCCUUGAAGCUGCUAAAAGAUUAAAUAUUGAACCUUCCAGCUGCCUUGUCAUUGAAGAUUCCUUGCCAGGUGUGACAGCUGGUAAGGCUGCUGGAAUGGAGGUAGUUGCUGUACCCUCUCUGCCAAAGCAAUCCCAUCUCUAUACUUCAGCUGAUGAGGUGAUCAACUCUCUACUUGAUUUGCAUCCUGAAAAGUGGGGCCUACCUCCUUUCAAAGAUUGGAUAAAAGACACAUUACCAAUACAACCAUGGCAAAUUGGUGGUCCUGUCAUUAAGGGAUUUGGUCGGGGCUCAAAAAUGCUUGGGAUUCCUACAGCUAAUUUGUCCACCGAGCUAUAUUCAACUCUCCUUUCAGAACAUCCAUCAGGGGUAUAUUUCGGUUGGGCUGGAUUACCAACGCAAGGUGUCUUUAAGAUGGUCAUGAGUAUUGGUUGGAAUCAUUACUUCAACAACACUGAAAAGACUAUAGAGCCAUGGCUGCUUCAUAACUUUGACGAGGACUUCUAUGGGGAGGAAUUGCAUCUUAUCAUAGUCGGCUACAUACGGCCUGAGGCCAAUUUUCCAUCUCUUGAGAGUUUGAUCGAAAAGAUACAUGAGGACAGGAAAAUCGCAGAGGAAGCUCUUGACCUUCCAAUGUACUCAAAAUUCAGGGAUGACCCGUAUCUAAUAAGCUCUUCAUAAGAAUGGCCCCGGGAAUUCCCCAAACUCUUGUCAUUCCACUUCAUUGGCAAAUUGCCAGUGGAGUUUAAAGCUGUUCUACACUCAUUAUUGGGACAGUUGCAUCUUGCAUCCUUUCAAUUUGGAGCAUUUGAUGCCGAUGAAAACAUAAUGGUGUGUAUUAAAAUGACAUAUCACAAACUCAUUUUAUUGUACCG